CUGUUAUGCGUGUUUGUCCGCUGGUCUGUCGGGCCUGUUUCCGAGCCCGGCGCGCGGCCCUGGCCGCUCCGUCAUGGAGGCAGCGGCGCCGGCGGCAGAAGCGAGAGCCGUUGAAGCAGGCACAGCCGACGGAGCGAGCGCCACGGCGGCGGCGUCCCUUAAUUUCUUCUUUCCCGGCCGGACGACUUGAGUCGUCCCGCCUCGCCGGGGCUUCUCCAGCAUGAGCGGAGGAGGGGGAGGAAGCGACGGGGGCGGCGGCAGCUCCUCUCCGUCUGCUCCCGGCCGGUUCGCCGACUACUUCGUGAUCUGUGGGUUGGACACCGAGACUGGCCUGGAACCGGACGAGCUCUCCGCAUUAUGCCAGUAUAUACAGGCCUCUAAAGCCCAAGAUGGUGGUGGCCGUUUCAUUUCAAGUUCAGCAGAAGGUGAAAAUUUUGAGCAAACUCCAUUAAGACGCACAUUCAAGUCCAAAGUUCUGGCUCGUUAUCCAGAAAAUGUAGAAUGGAAUCCUUUUGAUCAGGAUGCCGUGGGAAUGCUAUGUAUGCCUAAGGGUCUGUCUUUCAAGACACAAGCUGAUGCCAGAGAACCUCAGUUUCAUUCAUUCAUCAUUACACGUGAAGACGGAUCACGGACAUUUGGAUUUUCUCUAACAUUUUAUGAGGAAGUUACUAGUAAACAAAUCUGUAGCGCAAUGCAGACAUUGUAUCUCAUGCACAAUGCGGAAUAUGAUAUUCUUCAUGCUCCAUCCACCAAUGAUAAAGAUAACCUUAGCACUAUAGAGGAUUGUAAUGGUACCUCUGUAUCAAAACUACAGCGAUUUAACUCAUACGACAUUAGUAGAGACACACUCUAUGUCUCUAAGUGUAUUUGUCUGAUCACUCCAAUGUCUUUCAUGAAGGCAUGUAGGAAAGUGCUUGAACAACUCCAUCAAGCUGUAACUUCACCUCAGCCACCACCAUUACCGUUGGAAAGCUUUAUCUACAACAUUCUAUAUGAAGUUCCUCUCCCUCCAGCAGGAAGAUCUCUAAAGUUUUCAGGAGUUUAUGGACCUAUAAUCUGCCAGAGGCCAAGCACCAAUGAAUUGCCAUUAUUUGAUUUUCCAGUCAAAGAUGUUUUUGAGUUACUUGGAGUGGAGAAUAUGCUUCAACUCUUCACCUGUGCUCUUUUGGAAUUUCAGAUACUGCUUUAUUCACAACAUUACCAGAGACUGAUGACUGUGGCAGAGACAAUCACAGCACUGAUGUUUCCAUUCCAAUGGCAGCAUGUCUAUGUUCCCAUACUUCCGGCCUCUCUCCUACAUUUUCUAGAUGCUCCUGUCCCAUAUUUAAUGGGAUUGCACUCUAAUGGGCUUGAUGACCGGUCUAAACUGGAGCUCCCUCAAGAGGCAAAUUUGUGUUUUGUGGAUAUAGACAACCAUUAUGUUGAGUUGCCAGAAGACUUGCCUCAAUUUCCAAAUAAACUUGAAUUCAUUCAGGAAGUCUCUGAAGUACUUAUGGCUUUUGGGAUUCCACCUGAGGGAAACCUACAUUGCAAUGAAAGUGCCUCCAAGAUGAUGAAAAGUCUCAGGACCUGUGACAUAGUCUCUGAUAAGAGAAAUGGCAACAUAGGAGGACCAACUAUGAAUUCUUAUGAACUACUGAAAGAAAAUGAAACCCUAGCAAGACUGCAAGCGCUUGUUAAAAGAACAGGAGUUAGUCUAGAAAAGGUUGAACUUCGAGAAGAUAUGAGUAGCAAGAAGGAUCUGAAAAUGCAAUGUGAUGAAGAAGAAUUAAAGAUUUACCAGCUCAACAUUCAAAUACGGGAAGUUUUUGCAAAUCGUUUCACUCAGAUGUUUGCAGAUUAUGAAGUAUUUGUUAUUCAGCCCAGUCAGGACAAAGAGUCAUGGUUUACCAAUAGAGAACAGAUGCAGAACUUUGAUAAAGCAUCCUUCUUGUCUGAUCAGCCUGAACCUUAUUUGCCAUUCCUCUCAAGAUUUUUGGAAACGCAGAUGUUUGCUUCUUUUAUUGACAACAAGAUUAUGUGUCACGAUGGAGAGGAUAAAGAUCCUAUCUUGAGAGUGUUUGAUUUUAGAGUUGAUAAAAUAAGAUUGUUAAAUGUUCGAACACCAACUUUGCGCACAUCCAUGUAUCAAAAAUGCAGUACCAUUGAUGAAGCUGAAAAAGCUAUUGAGUUAAGACUGGCAAAAAUAGACCAUACUGCAGUCCUUCCUCAUUUAUUAGAUAUGAAGAUUGGACAAGGAAAAUAUGAACCUGGCUUUUUCCCCAAGCUACAAUCUGAUGUACUUUCAACAGGGCCAGCAAGCAAUAAAUGGACCAAACGCAAUGCACCUGCACAGUGGAGGAGGAAAGACAGACAGAAACAGCAUACAGAGCACCUGCGUCUUGAUAAUGAUCAGAGAGAGAAAUACAUCCAAGAAGCUCGAAAUCUGGGCAGCACUAUCCGCCAGCCCAAAUUGUCUAAUCUGUCACCAUCAGUAAUUGCCCAGACCAAUUGGAAAUUUGUUGAAGGAUUGCUGAAGGAAUGCCGAAAUAAGACAAAAAGGAUGCUUGUGGAAAAAAUGGGCCGAGAAGCAGUAGAACUUGGUCAUGGUGAAGUAAACAUUACAGGAGUGGAAGAAAACACAUUGAUAGCCAGUCUCUGUGAUCUUUUGGAAAGAAUAUGGAGCCACGGACUUCAGGUGAAGCAGGAUAGAAGCUGUACUACUUUCAUCCUAGAAGAUAGAGCAUCAGUAUACUCUGCUACAACUCAGAUUUGGGCUUUUCAGACCACCAAGCGGCCAACCAUACAUAAGGGGAAAUCUGCUUUGUGGUCACACUUGUUACAUUACCAAGAAAACAGACAGCGAAAACCUACAUCUGGAAGCUUCAGUACCUCAGGAAUUCUUCUAGAUGCUGAAAGACGGAAGUCAGAUGCCAAUCCAGGAAUGUCUCCUUUAAGAGUAUCCCUUAUCCAGGACAUGAGGCAUAUUCAGAAUAUAAGUGAGAUCAAAACGGAUGUUGGUAAAGCUAGAGCUUGGGUUCGACUCUCCAUGGAAAAGAAAUUACUUUCCAGACAUCUGAAACACCUUCUUUCUGAUUAUGAACUCACAAAAAAACUCUACAAGCGUUAUGCUUUCCUCCGUUGCGAUGAUGAAAAAGAACAGUUUCUUUAUCAUCUCUUGUCAUUCAAUGCUGUAGAUUACUUCUGUUUCACCAAUGUUUUUACAACAAUUUUGAUUCCAUACCAUAUAUUGAUUGUUCCUAGCAAAAAACUUGGUGGCUCAAUGUUUACAGCCAACCCAUGGAUAUGCAUUUCAGGAGAAUUGGGUGAAACAGGAAUCCUGCAGAUUCCAAGAAAUAUGCUGGAGAUGACAUUUGAGUGUCAGAAUUUGGGAAAACUUACUACGGUACAAAUAGGACAUGAUAAUUCUGGAUUGUAUGCCAAGUGGCUAGUGGAAUAUGUUAUGGUCAGAAAUGAAGUGACGGGUCAUACUUACAAGUUUCCAUGUGGAAGAUGGCUUGGAAAAGGUGUAGAUGAUGGCAGCUUAGAAAGGAUCCUAGUGGGUGAAUUGCUGACAUCACAUUCUGAGGUAGACGAAAGGCAGUGCAGAACCCCCCCAUUGCAGCAAUCCCCCAGCAUGAUCAGAAGAUUUGUCACCAUAUCACCUAACAACAAGCCAAAGUUAAAUACAGGUCAGAUACAAGAAUCUAUUGGUGAAGCAGUAAACGGAAUUGUCAAACAUUUCCACAAGCCAGAGAAAGAGAGAGGAAGUUUAACACUUUUGCUUUGUGGAGAAGGUGGACUUGUUUCAGCUCUAGAGCAAGUGUUUCAGCAUGGAUUUAAAUCUCCUAGGCUCUUCAAGAAUGUUUUUAUUUGGGAUUUUCUAGAAAAAGCACAAGGAUUUUAUGAAGCUCUUGAUCAGAAUGAACUGGUCCCAGAAGAAAACUGGCAGAAAAGGGCGAGGAGUUUUUGUCGCUUUGUAACAGCCAUCAACAACACUCCUAGAAAUAUUGGAAAAGAUGGCAAAUUUCAGAUGUUAGUUUGCCUUGGAGCUAGAGAUCAUCUCUUACAUCAUUGGAUUGCUCUGUUGGCAGACUGCCCCAUCACUGCUCAGAUGUAUGAAGAUACAGCAUUGAUAAAAGAUCACACGCUUGUGAAUUCUUUGAUCCGUGUGUUGCAAACAUUACAGGAGUUCAAUAUCACACUGGAAGCAUCCCUUGUCAAAGGAAUUGACAUCUGAUUUUGCCUCAUGCAACAAGCACUGUUUAAAAAAAGCAACAAGGAACAAACUAUUGUUAGUAUGCAAAGAUUAUAUCUGCUAAUACAUCGCAUCCAAAAUAUUCAUGUGACUCAAUGCAACUCUUCUGGAAUGAAGAUCCAAAUGGUGUACAAAAAUAUAACAAAAACUGUACAUCUGGUGUGUAAAAGGAAAAAGGAUACUUAUAAAUUACUUUUAGAGUUUAUUUGCUGAUUUGCUUUUACACGCUUUCAUGUGAAAGAGUUAGAUGAGUAUUGUGCAGCUUAUUUUAAAGCUGUAAUAUUUCUUUGCCAUAGAUAAUGGUGCAGUGAGAAGCUCUUAGCAUUCUCUCAACUUGCCUUCAGACUGUAUCCUGAAAAAAUGUAAUUAACACAUUCCAAUUUCUGCUAAGUCACUAAGCAAUUAAAAACUAAUAUUUUAUUACGUAAGUUACACUAUUUAGCAUUUCCAUGUUGAAUCACUGCUGUGCUGCAAGAAACUUAGAAAUGUAAAUGUUUUUAAUAGGCUCAAAGCACUGAAUUCAUUAGCAAUUUUUCUUUUUUUAUCAGUAUUAUUUUUAGCAGAUUUUUCAGGAGUGAAACAUGCAGAUAGAUGUUCAGAAAUCAGUAGUAUUUUUUCAUACAUGAAAUUGCACAGAGAAAAUUAUAAGUGUGUUUUAACUGGCAUUUAUUUAUUUAACUUUUUCGUCAUGAUCUGGUCUUUGCCUUUAAAAAAAAGAAUGCUAUAUACUUGAGUGCAGUCCCCAUAGACAGAAGCUCCAGAAUAAGUAUCUGCAGAAAAAUAUGUCUCAGCAUGGACAUGCCUUUCAAGUUCAAUCAGUUUAUAUCUAAUGAUAUUUCAGAACAUAAAAUACAAAUGUGAUUAUUUUAAGGUCGCAUAUCCCCCUACGUAAUGGCUAACAGUGUAAUAAUGUGACACUUGUUGGAAUAGCGUAUAAAUAUGCAGAGUCACAGAACAAAAAUUUCACACUUGUGUGACAUCUUAUGAUACUGGCACAAUUUUAUUACAGCAUUAUAAGCACAUCUUUUGGUCAAACAUUUGGGAUUAGUAUGAGUGAGGUCAGUAUUACUGUGACUUACUUAUGCUGUUACUAAACCUAUUAACAUAGAAAGGUUUUCAGAUCUUGGUUGACCCUACUUCAUAGGCAGAAGAUAACAAACAUUUUCUUUUCAAAUGCCGAAUGUCAUGUUCUAAUUUUGCUUUGUUAAAUGGAGGAUUUCUUGGAUACUUGUGAACAUUAUGUAAAAAUAUUAGCCUAUUCUAAUAAAGUUCAGAUGUGGAUUCUUAUAAAUAGUAAAAUUCCAAUCAAGAAAAAAAUCUAGUGAAUGCCUAGAAACAACUGUCAUUAUUAGUUGAGAAUUUAAAAUCCUUAAAAAAUGCAUACCUAAUAGAGAUAAUACUGAGAUACAUAGGACAAGGGUUGAAAUCUCUGUACUAUAGUAGGAGGGCUUUUCUGUAUGAACACAUAUGGAGCUGUGAAAAAGGAGUCUUCAGUUGUCAGUUUACUCAAGUAGCAUUAUUCUUAAUUCCUACAUUUUGUGGUUAUUUUUUCCAGUAACUUAAAAUACAGCACAUGUAUUAAAUUUUACUAUUUUUACUUA